AUGUAUAUACGACCUACACCUCGCGCUCGAACAUCAGGCUGGGUGUAUGUCGAGCUGACCAAGCAGGACAACUGUGGAGGCUUCAUCGACCCGCUCAUCGAGGCGCCCCCGCUGCUUCUCUUCCUCGACCUGGUGCUGCUGAAGCCGCGCGUGUUUCUGCACUUGCUAUUCAACCGGGGCUCGCCGCCGCGCAAGGCGGGAGAGCCAGCAAAGUUGGAGGAGCUGCGACCCAAGCCAGUGGAGCCUACGCCAGCUGUCGAGGGUGACACAGGACGCACGGGCGAGCAGGAGGUCGAGGUUGAGGCGGCUGAGGCGGCUGCCGUGGCGGAACAAGCAGAAGAUCGACCAGAGGAAGACGGACCAGCCGAAGGAAGGCAAGGAGAUGGAGAAGGAGCAGAGAGGGUCGUUGCGGGACCAGCCGAGCCGGCGCCCCGUCGGCACUUUGUCGAGCCAAGGCAGGAGACAGUGCACGCCUACCUCGUGCGACUGUUUACGAUCACGCUCCUCGCCGAGGUCGCCGUCCGCCUUGCAUCGGCGCCACUCGUCUCCUUCCCCCUCCUCAUUGCCACUGCCUUGCGCGUGGGGCUCGAACUCGGCGCCCAGCUCGCGACGAGCACUGCUCUGGCUCUGGUUCUGCUGAGGUGGAGGGGGUGGUACACCCCCUCAACUUGGGGAGUGUACGAGCCUUCUGUCCCCUCAAACGACGGAGGGUAUGACGAGGCAAAACAGGCGGGCCAGAAGGGACAGAAAGACGGCCGCCAGCGCGGCUUCCUCCCCGCCCUCAUCCCCCUCGUGCUCCUGUACACGACGCUGCUGCCCCUCCUCCUCCAGCUCGGGCUCAGUGUCUGGUCGGUCGCUGCUUCGCCCCUCACUGGCCUCCCUGGCCUCCCCGGUCCCCAGACCAGUACGCCACUUUCCGAGUCCUUCGCAGCCGUCGCGCCCUGGCUCGUGAGCCGCGUCCCGCCCCAGAUGGCUCGGGAGGUGGACCGCGCCUGGGCCAGCUCGAACAAGCUCUGGCUCGGGACCAGAUUGCUCGGCGGCAUGAGUGCUGGGUUUGGACUGAGGGUGUUGCUCCCCACGCCGCCUUUGGUGACCACGGCUGUGGUGCUGGCGGGUUGGGGUGCGGCACUGGGCGUGGGCUCUUGGCUCGAUCCGUGGCUUUAG